UUCCGCCUUCUCCCUCCCGCUUGUCGUCGGAUCGCGGUCGCCGCCACAGCUGCCGCUGCGGGGCGCGGUGUCGGUGGGGCGGUUGGCUUGUCUUUCAACGUUGGUGUCCGUGCCGUUGAACUGCCCGCCAUGGCUGAACUAGAUCCGUUCGGCGCCCCCGCCGGCGCCCCGGGCGGCCCCGCGCUGGGGAACGGGGUGGCCGGUGCCGGCGAAGAAGACCCGGCCGCGGCCUUCUUGGCGCAGCAGGAGAGCGAGAUUGCGGGCAUCGAGAACGACGAGGCCUUCGCCAUCCUGGACGGCGGUGCCCCCGGGCCCCAGCCGCACGGCGAGCCGCCGGGGGGUCCGGGUGAGAGUGCGGGCGCGUUUGGGGCGGGAGGACUUGUGUAGAAACUUGGCCCAGGGUGGGUCUAAGGGCUCUGUGUAACUUGUUUUUUGCUGAACGGGGAGGAGGGUAAGGAAGAGUGCAAGGAGGAAACGAGACCCUGGCCCAGUCAUUGCAGAAACCUAGGUUCGGUGAGCCUACUCUGUCGUGUGAGUGUGUUUAAGUGCUCCUGGACGGGAUAGAGCGAGAAAGCAAAGAAAAUAGAGUACUUGUCAGGCUGACGAGCCUGAAGAAGCCGGUUCAGCUCAGGAACUUUUCAUUGAGCACUUGCUGUGCUUUGAGCCUGGCCUCUGAAACAUAGCCGCAUUGGCGCAGUUUGGCUAGACUUAAAGGCAAGUCUGAACCCAGCACAGAACCAGUUACUGGGAAAGGAAGGCAGAAAAAAUGAGCAUAGUGCUGUCGUUUUGGGGAUAUACACCAACAGAGGUGGCAAUACCGUUCAGCAUUUAAGGACUUCAGGGGUGUAGAGUUGGAUUAUGGGGACGAAAGGAGGCGUGAGUAGGGAACUCGAGGAAGGUGGCCUAGCCCUGGAGGAAGAAAUUCCAGCCAAAGAAGGAUAAGAGUUUUACCAUUUAUCGGACGGAUUACAGCCAGGAUUUCUGGAGCUCUACUUCCUCUAGGAACAGCUUUGGUAAGCAGUGUUGCCUAAGCAGAAUUUAAGAUUAGGCUGGACUAGCCUUCCAAAAGGUGAAGAGAGAAUAUUGUGUGGCCUUUUCCCAGCCAGAGGUCUGGCAAAAACAAAACCAAAAAACGAGCCUUAGGAUGCCAGCCCGACCUUUGAAUGCCUUAGCUGUGGGUGAUGUUUGGAAUUAUGGUGGAAGGAAGAGAUGAGUGGAAGAGACCUUUCUAGUCAUAUGGGGAAGUAGGAAAUUAGCUGGAAGAAGUAAGACCUGGGUUUUCAUUUACUUAAAAAAAAAAAAAAAAUUAAAGGAGAAUAGGGCACAGUAGGGCAGAUAGGAGUGCUUGUACUACAGCCUUAAAGGGCCAUGCAGAUAACAUAAAUGAGAGAAACCUGCUGGGAAUGAGACGCUAAGGAGUAUUGGAGACCGAGAUUUUGUUGCACUGUAGUUGUGCUCUUCAUGGAAGGAUUCGGACUCAGAACUCUCAAAUUACUGUGCCAGCCAAGCGGAACCAUCUUUGUGAGUAGGAGUGGGGAGACUGCUUGUUUACAGACUCUUGGCUUUUUAUGCUGCACCGUGGUACCUCCUAAGCAAAUCAGUCCCCCAAUAAAAACUUACACGAGAACAUAUGAUACACUUGAAAAUGCAAAUUACAGCAAGCAGGUGGGACUGAACUGUAAACUGGGCUGUGGCAGGAGAUGAAGUUGGCCUUAAGUGAAUAGGUUUUUGUGGUUGGGUGGUGUUAACAUUUGCCAGAGAAUCAUAAAUUUACUUUUUAGAUCCUUAGUUUACUUUCCUCAUUUAAUAAAAGAAAACUUGAGUCCUACAGAGCAAUGACUUGCUUAGGAAAAAAGGGCAAGUUUAUUUCUGUGCCCCAAGUCCCUCUGCCCUUGGUUGUACCAUGUUCUGUUGCAGUUGUGUCAGCAGGGGUUUCGUGGGAUAAGAGGUGGUCAUUUCUGAAAGGUACAGAAGUAGGCAGUUGUGGCUGCCUUGGGUAGGACAGAGUUCAGAGAAUCAGGACCCAUAGUUAGAAAACUGUCCUGAUCCAAGGACGGUGUUACUCUUGCUCACGGUUGUGUCCCCAGUGCUUAGCAGGGUGUCUAGCACGUAAUAGAUACUCAAAGGAAUGAACAAAAAUAUUAGGUCUGAGAGUCCUGCAUAGAAAGACAAAUGUUGGUGAUGGGCAGUUUGGAGAGGUAAAAGGGAGGGGAUAGGUCCCCUGUGCAUUAAGCUUUCAGCAAAGGGAAGGAAGGGAUGGUUGCUGACUUAGUUUCUAGGAAGGACUUUGUUAGUGACCUAAGCGUUCAUGGACUUGAAGCCAGUCCCCUGACAGUGCAGUUGAGAUCAGUAAUAGUGUAGUGGUCAGCACUUCCUUUGGGGAUUAGAGAACUAGUUGGGCUCUGCUUUCUUUCCUUUCAAAGAGGCACUCUAGUGGUUAAGAUUCUGUGCUGUCCUAGACUGCUUGAGCCCAAGUUUAACUUUGUGGUUUCAGGCAGCUUCCGUAACCACCGCUGCCUUGUACAGAUCUACAGAGUUGAUAGGAUUACAUUAGUACCUGUAAAGCGUUAACACACUGUACUUGGUAUUACUUGGUAGUAAUACCACAGUUACCUGGCUGUACUCUUAUUCCUUGGGAGUAGCGGGGAGAGAGAGGCAUUACAAGGCUUAUGGG